UGAAGUUGGUACACUUCCUCAAUUGAUCCUGAGUUUCCUCCCCAAAUCCCCAAAUCAAAUCGAAAUCAAGGUCCUCACUCAAAACCAGCCGACAGCUCCUCGCGGCGACGGCAUGGACGAGGAGGGCCAGGCGGCGCACCUACCGGAGGACGUGCUCGCGGCCGUCCUCCGCCGCGUGCCGCCGCGCUGGCUCGCAGCCUCCCGCUGCGUGUGCAGGGCCUGGCGGGACGCCGUCGACGGCCGCCGCCUCCUGCGCGCCGACCUGCUCCCGCUCUCGCUCUCCGGCCUCUUCGUCCACUUCGACGAGCACAAGUACCCAGAAUUCCUCGCCCGCCCCUCCUCCUCCUCCUCCUCGGCCGCCGGCUCCCGUGCGGUCAGCGGCGAUCUCAGCUUUCUGCCCUCCGCCAGCCCCCACUGCGGCCAUAUCUGGCAUGAGGGCUGCGUUGAUUUUGAGGACUAUAACAUCAAAGAUCACUGCAACGGGCUCCUUUUGCUUCACAAUAACUGCGUGGUUAACCCUGCAACGCGACGGUGGAAUACACUGCCAACCUGCCCAGCUAAGGAUGGUAUAGGGCCUGUCAUGCACCGCGCGCAUCUAGUCUAUGAUCCGAUGGUAUCACCUCACUAUGAGGUGUUUCAGAUCCCCACUUUGUACCGCUACUACAGUGGCGAUGACGAGAUAUACCUCUCGAUGGAGCAGUCUGAAUGGCCACCGUCCCUAUGCAAGAUGUAUGUUUUCUCAUCUAAGUCGGGUUGUUGGGAGGAGAGAUGUUUCAGCCGAGAAGGGGAUGCUGCAGGGACCGUUAGUCAAAUGCAAGCGGGUUAUUGGCGAUCCAUGGCUGUCUAUUUUCGAGGAGUGCUUUAUGUAUACUGUAUAUCUAAUUUUCUCAUGAGAAUAUCAUUGUCUAACAAUACAUACAGUGUAAUUAAACCACCAGUGGAUCAUACAGUGGAGGACCGUCUGGACAUUAAUAUAGGAAGAUCAAAAAAGGGGCUUUACAUCGUGGCAUCUGAUAUGCGCUGGCCUCGGGAUAAGUAUUUGCUUCGAGUUUGGAUCCUUAAUGAAUCGUGUGGUCAAGUGGAGUGGAUGUUGAAGCACUACAUAGACCUUAAGCACGUGCUAGCAGGUCACCAUUUUUACGGAAGAGAUCAGUGGAUCUUAGAAGAUAUUAACUACAACCUGUUCCGUUCUUCUGGUUCCCAAGAAGACAGCAAGAAAGCAACAACCAAAGAGAAUACUGAAUGGAACUCGGACGAGGAUGAUAAUGCACUUAACUAUGUAGGUAUGAUUGAAGACUAUUACUCGGAUGAAGAUCAUUAUGGUGAUUCACGUAAUGCGGACCUUAGGAUACUUGGGUUUCACCCAUAUAAAGAGAUUCUCUUCUUGAGUGCAUCAGAACGGAUAUGUCUGGCAUACCAUUUAAAUGGCUCCAAGAUUGAAGAUUUAGGAAAUAUAUACCCAAAGGAAUAUAUAUAUUUCAAAGACUUAGCUAAUGAACAUGAGAAAAUCCAAUCUUUUCCAUACACCCCCUGCUGGAUGGAAGAGUUCCCUGGAAACAAUUAGUCUACAAGUUCAUCUUAUGUAUGGGCCUAUGUUAUUUUCCAUUUAUUCGUGAGAUGUAAUAAAAGGCUUGCAAAGGAUGUUGGGACUAUGUUUUUUGUCUAUUUGGCUGAGUUACUUCA